CUGUAAGAGAGAGAGUAGAGACGGGAGUAUGUGCAUAGAUAUGGUCUUGAACAGUUUUUUAUAACAAUACAUAUCAACGAGUAAGAUACGAGCAUAUUUAUUAGACAGACAACUUCGUGACGUGAUAAAACGAUAGUGACGGAGCUUACUAGUUCUAUCUCGUUUAAUAAUUGUCCUUCUUUUACAUUAAAAUAGUUAAAUUUUCGUAAUACUUUAUUGACAGGCUUUUAGUCACUGACAUCUGUCGCAUACACACGUACAUAUAUACAUUCAGAAAAAUAAUUAUUUGUGUCUACAAACAUACAGAAUAUUAUAUAUGUACAUAUUGUUUUGAUUAUUAUUAGAAAAUAAAUUGUGUCGAAUUAACGAGGACUAAAUUGAAUCAAACACAAUGGCAGCAAUCAAACGUUUAACCGGUUUGACCAAAGCCCUAACUUCUAUGACUACAUCUACAACAAGAAUUUCUUGUUUACCAGCUAUAAAAAAAAACUAUUUUACCUAUGUAAAUGAACCGUCAAUGCCAAUACCAGGAAAGGAACCCUGUUGGCUCAAAACUGCUGAUGAAGCUAUUGAGCAAGCCAAUCUUGAUUCAGAUCAAAUAGUAUUUACCCAAGGAGCAGCAGCUACACCGAUUGAAUUACUGAGAGCAAUGACUGAUUAUGGAGUUCGAUGUGACGUGAGAAAUGUACGUUUAUAUCACAUGCAUCUAGAAGGACCUGCACCAUUUGCUUUACCAGAGAACGCAAAGCAUUUUAGAUCAGUGAGUUUAUUCAUUGGUGGCAAUGUAAGGAAGGCAGUUAAUCAGGGUAAUGCAGAUUGUAUUCCCAUAUGUCUACAUGAAAUUCCAAAGUUAUUUAAACGGGGCUAUAUAAAACCCGAUAUUGCUUUAAUUCAUGUUAGUCCACCUGAUUCUCAUGGUUAUUGUUCGCUUGGAACUAGUGUAGACUGUGUACGGUCUGCCAUGAGUAAUUCUAAACAAAUCAUAGCAUUAGUAAAUAAACAUAUGCCAAGAACAUUUGGAGAUGGAAUAAUUCACAUCAGUCAUAUAGAUUUUGCCGUUCAGCACGAUGUCCCGUUACCAACGCAUCCUGUGAAUAAGCGUUCGAAGGAAGAAGAUCAAAUUGGGAAAAAUAUAGCUGAAAAUUUAGUCGUAGACGGUGCUACAUUACAAAUGGGUAUUGGUAGCAUUCCAGACGCAGUGCUAUCAAAUUUAACUAAUCAUAAAGAUUUAGGUAUUCAUAGUGAAAUGUUCAGCGACGGUGUUUUGGCACUUGUUAACAAAGGAUGUAUAACGAAUAAUCAAAAGAGUAUGCAUAAGGGUCGUAUCGUAGGAUCAUUUUGUAUCGGUACUGAAGAAUUGUAUAAAUUUAUGCACGAUAAUCCUUUUAUAGAAAUGUUAAUGGUAGAUUAUGUCAACGAUCCUAAAGUAAUUUCUAGACAACCUAAAAUGACGGCGAUUAAUUCUUGCAUAGAAGUUGAUAUUACUGGUCAAAUUUGUUCCGAUAGUAUUGGAACUAGAAUGUAUUCAGGUUUCGGUGGUCAAUUAGAUUUUAUUAGUGGAGCAGCAAUGUCAGACGAUGGUUGUGGGAAACCGAUCAUAGCUUUACAAUCACUAACUAAAAAAGGUGAAAGCAAAAUUCUGCCAAUAUUAAAAUCAGGUGCUGGCGUUGUUACUAACAGAGCGAUUGUUCGUUACGUCGUGACCGAGCAAGGAAUUGCAUAUUUAUUCGGCAAAAGCUUACAACAAAGAGCAUACGAAUUAAUUAAAAUUGCUCAUCCUAAUCACAGAGAAGCAUUAGAGAAAGCUGCUUUUGAACGUUUAAAAGUAAUGCCGGCGCCAUAAAUUAAGCAACAAUUUACAUGGAAAAUUAACAUAUAUAUAUAUAUAUAUGCAUACUUAUAGUAUAAUUUACCAACAUUUAUUGUCUCUAGAUUCUUUUUUUUUCUUUCCAAUAUUUUUUUAUUGAAUAGAGAUAAAUAUUAUAAGAGUAUUUAUAAUGAAAAAAGUGUACAGCUUUAUAUAAUCCGCAUUAAAUUCUAAUGUGAUUCGUAAAACAUUGUUUAGGCAUUUUUGUUAUAUGUUAAUCGUUCGAGUGCCAGGAAUCUUUAAAAAAAAUCGUGUCGACGAAUGCCAAGCAAUCACUAUGUUUGAGUAACGUGGCACUUGUUGGCAAGAAAUCUGAACAGCGCUCUCACGCUACUUGAGACUCAAACGUUUAAAUGUUAAACAAUUAUUCUAAAAUAUCUACACACACACAGACAAUACUAAAUUUUAAAACAAUAAUUAUAAUAAGCAAUUCUAACAACUCAAAUUAUAGGCAUUUGUAUGAAAGCACGUUAGAAAAAAUAAUUUACAUGUAAACCAUUUUUUAUAUACAAUUUUUAGAUAUUCAUUUACAUGUACUAAUUGUAACAAAUGGACAAGUUCAUUGUAUUCGAAAAGAAAGAAAACAAAAAAAAAUACAUAAAA